UACAGAUGAGAUAUUUUGUAAUUUAUGCAGCAGGAUAUACUAUCAGGCUGCUGCUUGGAAUUCUUUUUGGAUACUGUAUUCGUACUAUGAGUAUAACCAGCAGGACAGCUGUGUUGACAGAGCCAGGGGAGUGUUCUUGUUGACAGCAGCAGACCUGACUGACACACGUUAAGCUAACUUGCCAGCUAGCGAGCUAGCUGCGCAACACUCCGUGGUAACGUGGAAGGCAAACUAACUAUCCGUUUUCUUCAGAUAUUAAUAAUGGAUUUGAAUAAUAUCCUGUCGCAGCUUGAAAGUUUCAACAGAGACGAAGUCGAGAAGCUUCUGCAGCAGUAUAAUCGAGAGAACAGUCACACCUUCACUUUCGACCAAAAAGAAGAAGCCCUGCGCAGCAAGCUGUGUCAGAGUGUGUUGACGGUUCUUGGGAGACAGGUGCAGCCCAGCUGUCAGAAGACAUGUCUGGAGACACUCCGAAUCCUGUCCAGAGACAAAGGUAUCCUUGCACCUGUAGCCACCAAGGAAGGCAUGCUGACUCUGGGAAAGAUGGCAAAGCUGCAUGCUGGAGAGGAAGGAGACAGCAACCAGAAAAACACUCAGGAAGACACACCCUCAACGGAGGAGGAGAAGGUGGUGGUGGAGGCCUUAAAGUGCCUAUGCAACGUGGUGUACAACAGUCCUGCAGCCCAGCAGGUUAGUGUAGAUGUGAACCUCGCUCAUGGUCUGUGUGCCAGCCUGCGUACGGCCCACACAUGGCACCACGAGGUGGGCCUGUUCACGUUGCGUCUUCUCUUCCUGUUGUCUGCCCUGCGCCCUGACAUUAGAGGGGUUCUGAGGCAAGACUGGGAUGCAGUGAGACUGCUGACAGAGGUGCUGGAGCACACCCUGCAUGUGUGCUGGGUAGGUCGCUAUGAAGCUGCCCAUCCGGGUCCACAGGCAAUGCCCAUGCCUGCACACGACAAUGAGCGAGCGAUGGAAGCACUCAAAGCCUUGUUCAACCUCACACUGUCUGACCCUGGAGGUGAGGAGGAUGACCACCAGUUCCGACUAAUCGCUGCCAUCCUGCGCCAUCUGUUGAUGCUGAAGACUGAGACAGAGGAGAAAACAGAGGAAGCACAUAGCCAUGCUGUCAACUUGCUGAAUAACUUGCCUGUGUCCUGCCUGGAUGUGUUAAUCGACAUACCUGUCCAGGGAGGACUAGAGAAAUAUAACGGGAAAAACAUGGAUGCAGUCCAGGUUUUACUAGACUUCAUGGAGAAAAGGAUCGACAAGGGCUCCAACUACAAAGAGGGGCUCACUCCCGUGCUCAGCCUUUUGACUGAAGGAUCCAGACACCACAGAGAGAUCCGCAGAUAUAUCAAAGCUCAGGUACUUCCCCCACUGAAAGAUGUGAAGAUCAGGCCAGAGGUCGGCACCGCCAUCAGAAACAAAUUGGUUCGUCUUAUGACACAUGUCGACACGGGCGUGAAGCAGACUGCUGCAGAGUUUCUUUUUGUCCUCUGUAAAGAGAAUGUGGACAGCUUGUUGAAGUACACAGGAUAUGGAAAUGCAGCAGGACUCCUGGUGGCUCGGGGCCUUCUGGGAGGAGGGAGAGGAGAAACUCAGUACUCCGACGAUGAAGACUCAGACACAGAGGAAUACAAAUCUGCCAAACCUUUCAUCAACCCCAUCACUGGUCACGUGGAGGAGCCGAUGCCAAACCCCAUCGAAGAGAUGACCGAGGAGCAGAAGGAGUACGAGGCCCAGAAACUGGUCAAUAUGCUUGACAGGCUAUCAAGGCAGAGCGUGAUUCGGCCCAUGGGCGUCAGACCAGAUGGGACAUUAGCACCACUUGAAGAAACUCUCUAUGAUCUACCUGAGGACGACUUGGGAUCUGACUCUGACUAGUGCUCUGUACAUCGAGGCCACAUUUCCCAGACUAAGGCCACCACGUCCCAGCACAUUUAAAGCCGUGUCCCAUUUCAAGGGCUGGAUCCUUUGAAGGAUGGUACCCAUGAAAGUGGGUCCUUCUGAGGAGCCUAAAGUUGUCUGAAACUGAAAUCCACAUAAGAAGGUACAGUCACAGAAACAGUGUAGAGCCGGCUCUAAAAAAAAACAUUUUAUAGGUGCUGGAUCACAAAGCAAAGUAGCAGACAACACAUCCACAUGCUAUACUGAUAGUUCCCUCUAAAUUACCAACUACAUUGACUGGUAGCACAGACCUUUGACAUCAAAACCCUAAACGCAGGUGGAUUUAGGCUCCCCUGCUCAGUUUGUUUAUCACCUGGAAGUUGCUUUAAAUUGGCUGAAAAUUCAGGGACAAAUGUUUUGAUACCAGAGUUAGCAUUGCACUAAGUUCUAAGGUUAAAUAGAAACAGUCUUUUAACCCAUCUGUAGGUUUAUGACUGGCAUCAGUUAUUCACACCUGGCAGUUUAAAUGAUUGUGUUCACUCUACAUAUUUACUAGUGACUGAUGACCACCGGAGUGCAAAUACACAUGUUGUACUUACGUGAUAGUUUGCCUUUUCUGAAAGUGACGUGGUUUAAUUUAUCACGCAUUAGACAACUGACCGGUGUGCAGUGGCUUGUGGGAUAUUGAGGGCUCUGAAAAAUACACUCAAAAGGAAGGCGAUAGUGAAACAAGGAAAGGUUGUUUUCUCAGUAUCAUUUUAAAUGGUGCAGGUCCAGUCAGCCCAUUAUGAUAUACCGAGUCUACGGAACGUGACUUCUGAUGAUCCAGCCCUGACGUGGGACACAGGAGACUUUUAGGGGCCCUGUCGCUGCUCUAAACUAUUCUGGCAGUGGUAUCAUAAUGCAUAGGAGGCCACUAUGCUCACUGUUGCACCUUCAUUUAUUUUACAGCUCCCUAAUUUAAGACGAUCACAGUAAUUUUGCUGUAUCACACAUUUUUCACUGAAAACUUUGUGCUGUUGGGUCUGAAUCAUUCCUUCAUAUCUUUGUUUUACACUUUUUGUCCACUGUGUUUCUAGAUUAUUCAAGUGCAUAUUAUAUACACAUAUUUAACAACAAGAGUACACAAAACUGCCAACAGUGAACCUUCUCUUUGUUUUAAAGUCAGGGGGCCUCUCUCUAGGCAUUUACAAAAUCACACAGCAAUUUAAAUGUGCACUUAACACUAAGUCUAUAUUUGGUUGUGUAAUUAUCAUGAAUGUUGCACACCAGUUCAUUGCCAAGGAAACUUUCUGAAUUCAGGGCUUGUCAGAUUACAUUUGUGCCACUGAAAGCUUCCUCUUUUCAUUUAAAAUUUUGACUGACUUCUGCAAGAGCUGCCAACAUUUUCCUGGUGAAUUAUAGUAACGUUUUCUGUUUUGUGGACUCUUGACAAAGAGUUGUGCAAAAUCAGCUGAUUUCUCUAAUUGUUACUUUUGCCAAAUCUGCACGUUUAGUCAGUCUUCAGUAGUGUGGGUUUUUUCUAGAUUGAAAAUGUUGCUAAUUUUAUACAAACCCCUGUGCCGAGUAUGGAUUUUGUGUUGG